ACUCUCUUUCAUUUUGUAUAUAUAUGAUAGUAACAACUAAUGUCAUUUAUAUCAGCAUUAAGAAACGAGAAUUGAAAAAAAGAAAAAUUAGCUACUGAGCUAAGCACAGAAUUCCAACACUUGGAAUUCUAUGCCUUACAAUGGUUUGCUCUAAUGGCUAAAACAAAGGUAAAGUUGACUUAAUAAAAUGACACAAGGUAAAGGCGUUUAAGCCGUAAAAGAAAACAUAAAAAACGACAAGGACUCUGGACGUUUAAAUUAUUUACUAAUAAAAAAAGAAAUGACACCAUCUGUUUAUUCUAACUUCCUUCAAUAGGUUGUUGACAGAUGCUCUCGAUCUUCUUCCUCAUCUGGAAUCACUGAAGUUCUCAACAGUUAUAAGGCUUCUCUUUUUUGUCCGUUUCAGAAUUCAUUCGUUACAUUACAUAACAGAAAGCAAGUCUCUCUCAUUCCAAUCAAGACAGUUUGACUAAGUUAUUGAUGAGUCUCUAUUAUGCCAACAAUCAGAAGUUAAAUUGACUGGAUAAGGAUCUGCAGCAGAUGUGGAGGAAGAAGUCCAAGCCCUAACAAUUGACAUGCUACUAUGUGUCUGGCUUUCAGGGGCACUCUUUCUUUAAGAUGCAAGUAAAGCCUCUUCAUUGCCGUCUGAGAAUUUGAUUCGUCGGGAAAAAUGAUUGAAUCUGUAACCAAUUCCUGAAUAGCAACUUUGCCCAAAAGCAUGCUCGCCACAGAGACAGAUGACAUGGCAAGCUAUCAUACUGGAUACCACCUUUUGUUGAUUCAUAUUUUUCAGAUAGGAAUCAACAAAUAUUUAACAAUAUAAAAUUGCUUUGCACUAGAUUCUCCAAUUGUUGUCAGUGUAUGUAAAUUGCCCUUUGUCACCACUGUGGAUGGCAAAAACUGCUAUAGAAUUCUUGACAUAUUGCUUCAAGAAGUUAGAAAACAAGAAUUUAGGGUAUGCAAAAAUCAACAACCAUGGUCUCUAGAAUUGACUUCGACUGGCUGCCAACUGUGUGCUAUAGCUUAUAGCAAUCAUGUUGAGAAUUUAGUGAUUCCAGAUGGUAAAGAAGAAGAAGAAGAAUUUGGCGCCAGGCAACAGGUUGUUGAAGGAAGGAAGAAGAUAGGAACGGUGUCGUCUAACUCAUGGUUUAAUGAGUUAAUGAAACACACGGGAGCUUGUGAUUUUGUUCUUAUUUUUUAUGCUGGCUUAAACGUCGCUUGUUAUGUCGUUUUGCUUAUAUUUUGUAAGGCUAAAAAGCCACGUGUUUGAGUGUAUAGUUCUUUUAUUUUCCUAAUCGUUUGAACAACCGUUGUAAAGCACAGAAUUUCAUGUCUGGAAUUCUGUGCUUAGCUAUUUUUUCUCUCCAUGUUUUUCAUUUUCCAAAGCCGAUUUACCAGGCUAUGGUUGUCACUGUCAUAUAAAUAGCAAUACGAAAAUGAGUGAGGUGGCUUUUUCCUCAAAUUUUGUUUCGCUUCCCAAAUUCUUUCUUAGCUCCUCUAUCUUUUGGGUGCUUUGGUUUUCUCAAUUUGAAUGCUAUUCUUGAUUCAUCAACAAUUCUCUCCAUGGUGUCAAAGCUGUAAAUUGAUCUCAUGGGACUGUUCCUCAAUGGUCUUCAUUCUUUUACGAUUUCCAGAUUUCAUCCUUUACCUUGUGAUUCAUGGCAACCAAUGGUCUUAGUACCUCUGCUCCUCUAGUUUUUAUUAGAAAAAAUUAUGUGUUCUGGUCGAUGAAGAUCCAAUCUUACCUCAGGGCGUUCAAUCUCUGGGAGGUGGUAAAGACCGAGACUAAACCAGUGCAAAGGCAUGCCGAUCCAACCUUGGCUCAGAUAAGGCAGUUUGAAGAAGACAAGGCAAAGAGUAUGAAUUUUAAAAUCACUGGCAAGUCCAGGCUGCAUCUUGAUCAACAAGUAAUCAAGGAUUUUGACUUGUACGGAGAGAAAGAACCUUGGGAAAUAUGGGAGUUGUACGGUGGGGAUAAUCUUCGGUCUGGAGAAGAUGUCUACUUCUUCACUCGGUUAAAGAAGAAAACUCAAAACAGUUCAAAGAUGAACCGCUUGAUUGGAACCGGUACUUGGAUGAUAACUGGGCCGGUCGAGGCAAUAACAUAUUCCCAAUUAUCAGCACAGCCUUUGGGGUUCAAGAAACGGUUGAUCAAGUUUGUCGUCAAUAGCAAAGGAUUGUCAUCAAUCCUUGAUUACAAUUUUUUUCCUUCAACAGCUUGUUGAGGGAAGGAAGGAGAUGGGAAACAGUGUCGUCUAACUCAUGGUUUAAUGAGUUAAUGAAACACACAGAAGCUUGUCGUUUUGUUCUUUUUUCUUAUGCUGGCUUAAACACCGCUUUUUAUGUCGUUUUGCUUAUAUUUUGUACGGCUGAAAAGUCAUGUGUUUGAGUGUUUGUUUCUUUUUUUUUUUCCAAGCUGUUUGAACAACUGUUGUAAAGCACAAAAUUCCAUGUCUGGAAUCUUGUGCUCAGCUAUUUUUUCUCUCCAUGUUUUUCAUUUUCCAAAACCGAUUUACCAGGCUAUGAUUUUUACUGUUAUAUAAAUACCAUUACAAAAAUGAGUGAGGUGGCCUUUGUUGA